AGAAUGGCAGCACAGCUGAAAGGUUUGUUUGAGCUGCAUCCUCUAUUGUACAGACUUGAAUCUGCAUUUCCUUCAGUCUGAGAAUUAUUCAUUUCACUUUUGGUGUGAAAGGGCCUUUACAUUUGCCAAAAAUAGAACUUUAGUAACACAAAGGUAAUGUCCAUAAAAACAACGUAAUUAGUUACUUUUUUAGGGUGUAACACAAUAUUGUAAUGCAUUACUUUUAAAAGUACUGUAACUUUCCCCAAGACUGGUUAUAACUGCCGCAUGUGCUUCUACUUAACACCCAUAAUCCACCCAUCAUGUUUUUCAUGUAUUUCAUAUUUUAUGCUUGCCAAGUGUCUGUGACUGUGAGUGUGGAGAAUGGACAGAUGACACUCCACCCAGUGAGGUUAUAGCACUGAUGUAAUCUCACAAACUAAUGUAAAAAAUGUUUAUAAAAAAUGCUUUGGAUAGACACUAAAUCAUAUUCAUUAUCCUCCACUAAUGAAAAUGUUUACUUAGUUUUCAAAUUAUAGGACAGAGUAAAUGAUAAUAAAUACAAAGAAUGCACAUUACUAUUGAUGAUUAACAACUGUAACAAAAAGCCACUGAUACACUGAGUAGUAAAUGAUGCAGUGCAAUACAAGAUAAUAGUACUUCUACUAUAAUUAUAAUAAUAACUAACGAUAAUAAUGUGAAAUAACUUGCAGUGUAGUACUGCAAUAAUGUAGCCAGGCAGUGCCAGAAAAAAAGGCUUGUUGAUCUGUUCAACACACUGUUAAAUUAAAAUCAUCUGUUCAUCAUGCUGUUACGCAGCUUGUGGUGGGCAGCUUCCCUUUAGUCGAGCAGAUCAGUGUGCUUGCUGUCUCAAAGGCUUCUAGCUACAUGUACAGUGAGCAAUAUGGAUUUUAAAGCCAUCAAGCUUCUUAUUUGUGUCGUUUGUGUGGUGCGGUCCAGCCCGGAGCAGAGCUCUACAAAGAGAAAGAAUGGAAAAAAAGAUUUGAACAGUGCUGCUAUUGAGGAGCUGAAGAAACAGAUUGAUCAGAUUGUGCAAGAUCUGAAUCUGUUGAAGGAACAACAAGCUCUACAAACAGUUUGCCUGAAAGGCAUCAAGAUCCCAGGCAAAUGUUUUCUUGCAGACACGAUGAAGAAGACCUUUCACUUGGCAAACGAUGACUGCAUUGCAAAAGGUGGAACACUCAGCAGCCCUCUUUCUGGCGAUGAGAAUGACCAGCUGUACGAAUACGUCCGGCAGACCAUUGGGCCAGAAGGGCACAUCUGGUUGGGUGUAAAUGACAUAUUGAAGGAGGGCGAGUGGACUGACCAGACAGGCUCACCAAUACGCUUUAAGAACUGGGAAUCAGAGAUCACCCAUCAGCCUGACGGAGGCCGUAGCCAGAACUGUGCCAUCCUGUCCAGCACGGCCAACGGGAAGUGGUUUGACGAGGACUGCCGUGGUGAAAAGGCGUCUGUCUGCCAGUUCAACAUUGUCUAAACUUUUAUUAGAGCUACAUGCUGCAUGAUGAACAUACAGUAUAUAGAAUACACAACCAAAAGUAUGUAGACACUGCAAUGUCCUUAAACUCUUAAAAGUAAAGGUUCCAAAAAUGAGUUUUUGCUGUGAUGCCAUAAACUUAAAAAUAAUAGCUCCAACCAAGAGGGGUUUUCCACAGUGAUUUAACCAUUUUGGGUUCCCCAAAGAUCCUUUCAGUGAACAGUUCUUAAACGAAACUUCUGAAAAGAAUUUUGUUUUUGUAUAAAGAACAUUUUAAUAAUCUAAAGCAGUGAUUCCCAACUACGUUCCUGGAGGCCCCCCAACACUGCAUAUUUUGUAUCUACGGAGCCCCGGACAUGACAUGCAGGAAAAAAAAAAUAGUAGGCUGAAUCGUGCACACGAUUUACUAUUUCAAAGAAUAGUAAAUUAUGCGCACGUUUU